AUGCCAGAUAAGUUCGAUGGCAAAGCUGGGUUCAAAACGUGGCAAAACAAGAUGCGCUACUACUUGGCCAGCAUGAACAUGGAACGACAUCUCACAGAGGAUCCACCAACGCUUCCACAAGCUUUGGAGACCAAAUACGAGACUGAUGAGCAUGGGAUGCAGAAAUUCUCAACUACGAAGUUCCUGAACUUCAAGAUUGUGGAUUCCAAACCAUUUAUGGAACAAGUGGAAGCUCUUCAACGGAUCUUUCAGGAGACCGAUUUGGAAGGGAUGUCGAUCUGCAAUGUCUUCAAAACGAAUUGCUUGAUGGGGAAGCUUCCACCUGGAUGGUCAAAUUUCAAGCAUUACCUUAACUUCAAGCGUAAGGCAAUGUCUCUUGAUGAUCUCAUCCAUCGGUUGAGAGUUGAGGACAACAAUCGUGGAGCUCAUUCGGAUGCUCAAAACCAAGGGCAUGAUGUUCAUGUAGCUGAGCAUAAGGCCAAGUAUAAAGGCAAGGGUAAAGGGAUCUCUAUUCCUCAUAAACCGUUGAAGGCAAACCUAACUGAAGAAGACAUGGUUGUUGUGGUUACGGAAUGUAACAUGGUGGAAAACAACCUAGUGGAGUGGUACUAUGACACUGGUGCUACCACACACAUAUGCUCUGAUAGGACCAUGUUCACCACCUAUGUGCAUAACAAGUCAAAUGAGCAGCUUUUCAUGGGCAACAAGGUGAUGUCCAAGAUUGAAGGUAAGGGAAAAGUGGUUCUGAAACUAACUUCUGAUCGUGAGCUCACCUUGCAGAACGUGAAGCAUGUACCUGACAUGAGGAAGAAUCUCAUCUCUGGAACAGUGCUAAGAAAGCAUGGUUUUCCAUCAAUUUUGAGGCUGAUAAGUUAG